UGACGGAACUAAAUAUGCAUUAAGAAAGUUAUCCUGUGAAUGGGUGUUUGAUGGAUAUGAAUUGUUUUGUGGAAAAAUGUAUCCCACUUUAAUGCCUCUUGGCUGUAGGCUGCCAUUCAACUCCCUCGGCUCUAAGGGUGGUUAGCUUCAGCAGACCAUUUCAUUAUUGAGCAAACAUACUUGUUCAAACAAACAGUGACUCGCCAGCUCCAGGCAUUGAAUAUGCACUGAAUAAAAGAUGCAGACCUCCCUGGCUAUUCACCAACAUCCUGCUUUCAAGGAUGUAUUAAUGUGGGCAUGUCUAGUUCACUAUCACGUCUAUACCUCUAGGGAAACAUGGCGGGAGCAAUGAGUGUCACUAUAUUUCUAUCUUUUGUUUUGGUAGCCGUCACUCUAGUGUCCACUGGAGCCCCAACCUUGUCUUCAUCGAAGGCUAUCUACCCCGAGACUACCCCAACAUUGUCUGUCACCACCACAGUGGUCCCUGCCUCAAGUAGAACAAGUAGAACAAGUCCCAUAGUCAGUGAAACACCCGAUUCAGCUCCUACUGGUAACACUGGAGUCCCAUUGGAAUCAUCACCGACAACUGAGCCUUCCCAAUCCUCUCAGACACUGACUCCAUCACAAGCAUCCAAUGGCAGCACCACCUCUACAGGUUUUACAGCUGACACUUCUACAAAUCAGACCCUAAGUGGAACAACUUCUCAUGACUCCACGUCCUCAAACUUCUCGUCAACUUUGUCACCAAACUCCGAUUUUACCACAGGGAACAUGAGCUCAAGCACAGCUUUACAAAGUGAUGGGAGCCAUGACUUAUCAAGGAGUCCGGGUCUUGUAGCAGUCCUAUGCAUAUUUUGCAUCUGUCUGGGUCUUCUACUGGCUGUUGGGAUUACAAAGUUCAUUACUUCCAGAGGAUCAAAGUUUGAGAGGCUCGAAGAUGUGCCAAUGGGCAAGAUGAAUGAAGAGUCUCCGUUUGCCCGUUAUCCAACAAAACAAUUCUGAAAGAUAACACAUCAUAAGACAAAGCCAUUGACCCAGAACUGAUAGAUUGUAAAUCAGUCUUUCGUUUGGGUUCAGAUGGUGUCGUUUAUAACAUGUCAUCCACCAUCAAGUUUUUUUUCCUGUUUUUCUUUGUUUUGUCUGGCUGCUGGAAAGUGACAUAUGUUUGAAAGAAAUCAGUAUAGCCCAAGGGCUAAAAGCAACCCUGUGAUGUAGUACGGAAUAUCUACUCUGAGGUUGGUCAGCAGCAUACUAAAGUCAAUCAUUGGCCCAAGGUGAAGUACUAUUCAUUCACAGAUGGAUGGAUGCAUCAAGAACCAUAAUGUAGAAGAUACACAGACAAUGGCUGUGUUUACACAGACAGCCCAAUUCUGAUCUUUUGUCCAAUUAUUGCAAAAAGAUCUGAUUGGUCAAAAGCCCAAUUAUUGGCAAAUGUACAGAAUUGGGUUAUCUGGAAUUCUACGUCGGGCAGAUGUGUGUCGUUUGAUAAGGAAAGUUUCCUCUCACAACCUCUACAAGCUAGCAUAUUAAAUAAAACAACAUUUAAAUAUACUCAAACUAGGGGUCACGUCCAGAUUAGAAAAUUAGGUCCUGAGAGAAACUCAAUUAUUUGUAUUUUUUUUAAUUGGGCGUGGUACAUAGAACCAUUGUUAUGUCAGUAACCUCCGGUAGCCACUAGAUGCGUUUCCAAUAAACAGAGCGGUUUCUGUUUUCUUCCUACAAAUGUGGCUCUUUUGAACCGUUUAAGUUACAAAAUAUUAUCACCCAUCACUGAAAGAUAAGACUCUUACCUAUAGGUCUUCUCUUUCCCUCUACAAUGGCCACAAGCAGAACUCAUUAGAACAUAGUUGACAAGACCAUGCACUAAAUCAGACUGGGGGGGAAAAGAGCAUCAAUGAGUGAAGAACAUAUAUUGCCCGAUGAUCUUCUGAACUUCCCAAUACCUUUUUAAAGCAUUUCAGUCACUUCAAACCAUACUUCCUUCAGAUUUGAAUAUUGCCAAAAGUACUGUCCAACUGAUUUGUAAUAGACUGUCAUAGCUCCAAUUAAAAAAGUAAACAUUGGCUGUUGAUUACAUCACUUAAAAAAAAAUGUAUUUACAAAAUGGGGUUAGCAGCUUAAAAAGUUUGGGAACCCAUACUCUACCUGUUGUAACCGCUGUUGGUUCUUUUGACCUUAGGAAUGCGAGACAAUAUAUCCACAUGAACGUAUAAUCCAAUAAAUUUACCAAAGCACUGGUAGUGCGUUCCGAUUUCUAUCACCUGAAACAUGCACCGAACUAUGUAAACGCGUGCAUGAGCUUGGCAAGUAUCAUGCAUGUAUUUGCAUCUUGUGGUAUGCUUCAAGUGAUUAUAGAAUACGUAACGCUACACCAGCGCUUUGAAACGUUUAUUUAAUUAUACUGUACUGUGGAUGUCUCACAGUCCUACCUGCAAAAAGACCACCCGCAUGGACAACCGGUAAAGUAUUUUAAAAUAUAAUUGUAUUCACCAAUCUAGUAUGUAGAGGUCGUGAGAGUAAACGUUCCUAAUUCAAACGCGCAUUCAAUACAAUUCAACGUCCUGGCAAACGCCUCAAACACACCGACUGUGAUCCUACGUUUUGGGGCACCAGAAGUAGUUCAUUUUUAAUGGAACGCUGCGUUUGCCUUGCAGCAUUGCGUUGCAGAGGCAGUUGCAGUGCGUUCUGUGUGGCUCAUACCUUGGUUUUAUCGAACGUACUUGUAACUGUAUGAGAAGACUGCUUGACAGAAAUGGUAGUAGAAGGUGAAUGUUGAACUGUUGUUGAUCACAUAGCCAGAUGACACUGGGUACUAAUUGGCGAAAGAACACUAUCGGCGUGAUCAAGGCGAAAGGGCUGCCGGGGGUGUGUGUAAACAUGCUGAUUCUGUUGCAAAACCUUUCGCAACAGAAACCGUUUACUCCAAACAAAACACGCGAACGAUAGUUUCUAUUGGAAAAUUCUGGUAUUCGUUUCCUUCCCUUUGCACUGUUUGCUUCCGUUUGGUUUUAAAUGGUCAACGGUUUCUACAAUGAAUACGCCCCUGUGUGAAUGCAGCCAAUGUGUCCGGUAUCGCUAGAAAUAAAGCUGCUCCAAAUUAUCUGCUUCUUGAAAAUACUCAGUGACCAAUAGGCCUCGUGUUUGUAUGGUUUGAAUUAAAUAAAUCAUUGAAUUAUG